AGUCAACAAACCGGCCAGCGAGAGAGAUGUUACAGCAUAAAGCACUUUACUUUUUGUACUUCCCUGUUUUCCGUCUUACGUUUUAACUUCAUGCGUUUUAAAACCGAGCACUUAAAUGAAACCGUUCGCCUCUCAGAGGUCACGUGUCGGACGUACUUUAGGUCUUUUUAGCUAACGUUAACAUUAGUUAGUUUAGUGAAAACGCACCGUUUGAAAAUGCGGAAUGAUUCUCUCCUGUCGAGCAUUAACGUGGUGCUCGUUAUGGCCUACGGGAGCCUGGUCUUUGUUUUGCUGUUCAUCUUUGUCAAAAGACAAAUUAUGCGGUUUGCCAUGAAGUCUCGAAGAGGACCACAUGUUCCUCUCGGCCACAAUGCUCCCAAGGAGCUGAGACAAGAAAUUGAAGCCAAACUGAGCCAGGUUCAGAAAAUCCACUUUGAGCCUCGUCUGCUGUCCCCAGACGAUGACCGACUAAAGCACAGAGAACAGUCUGGUUCCAGUGACUACCUGUACAGGAUGAGAGCACUGGAUGCCAUCAGAGACACAGAUCUGCCUUUCCGUGAACUGGGUGGCUCGUCCACUGCUGUGACGGGUAAAAGACUUCGGACGUGGCUUCUGCGGCUUCGAAACUCUGAGUGCAUGUUCCGAGAUGGCCUGAGCUCGCUCAUCGACACAGUGCUGGAUGGGUACAACAAAGCACGCCAUGGGGCUGAGGAAGAGCUGACAAAUGCACCGAUGUCCUGUUUUUGUCUGCAGUCUUUUGGUGAAGCAGAGUUUUUGAAAUACCAGGAAGCUCUGACUGAACUGGCUUCUGUCGUCAAGUCUCACAGCAACAGCAGCAGCAGCAGCAGCAGCAGCACUACGAGCCAGUACCACCAGUCCGCAGCCAAAGACCUGACCAGCGCCACAGAGCCUGCUAGCUCCUCCUCCUCCCCCACCCAAACCACCUACCUCACAUCUUCAAUGCAGCAGCGCAGCAAACGGCCCAGGAACUUCCUGGAGCUGAAGAACUUCAAAGACAACUACAACACUCUGGACAGCACACUCUGAAAAAAAAAAAAAAAUCUGUGACGCCCGUCCAAAAGAAAGGUCAAAGACAAGGUAGAGCUGCCAGCAAUGAAAGAAGUGCCUACGUAUGGCGAUGGGUCACUGUUGCCAGAUAGUAUAGAGUGAAAUGAUGAACCCACUGCCUUCAUAUACUAACAUGUAUUGCCUGGUUUACAGUAUAAUGCAUAUCAGACUCAGUGCUCUUUAUCUAAAUGUAGCUUUGGCAUAUGUCCAGUAUUAAUGCAUGUACAAGUGCUUUACUACAGUGAGUGACUAUAGUAAGUAGGGUUGAUUUGACCAAAACACAUCCAGAGCUAUGAGGCUAUGCAACAGCAUAAGACAAUCAGUAUUUAUUGCACAAUGUAAAGGCCUAUGCAGACUUAAAAUUAACCAACUGUAUUUAAACAAGCUAAUAAAAUAAUGUUAGUAGAGAAAACCAGUGCUAAAGGGACAGCUCGACCCCAAAUCAAAAAUACAUACUGUAUCUGUUACAUGCAGUGCUGUUUAUCAAUCUAGAUUGUUUUGGUGUGAGUUGCAGAGUGUUGGAGAUGUCAGCCGAAGAGAUGGAACUAGACGGCACUCGGCUUGUGCUGCUCAAAGCGUCAAAAAAUAUAUUUGUAGCCAAGGCCAUUAAUGUUUACAUCUCGCACUGUCACAAGCCUCUCGUCCAUGAGUAGAUGCACGCUUCCUUCUGCACUCUGAUACAGUUGGUAGGUGUAGUUCAGUUGAACUGACGCAAGGUCCCAGCCCCGGACGCAGACUGGCCAAUCAUAACGUAGCACCGGGCCGGCUCAGACCAGGGUCCGACAACAACACAGCUGUGCUCCAUUGAUUUCAGAUUUCCUUCAUUUCCAGGCUGGUUUUGUGGAUUUGGAGCUAAAUGUUGUGCCUGGGGCACGUCAUGUAUUAAUGACACUCGUUACCUGGAGAGGUUGGAGAAAGAUAUACGUUUCUUCCCUGUUCCAAAACCAAAAUCAAACCCUGAAAAGUGUAGGGUUAGCUAGCUAGCUACUGAAG